AGGUAUCUACAAGAUCGACGAUCCCCCCAUCUCUAAGAGUAUGAUUCGCAUUUCGCAGUUGCGUAUACGAAUAUGAAGCCGUCCAGUGUAUUCUAAUAGAGAGAAUUUCUUUUGAGACGUUGAUUUUACGUUAAUUAAAAUGUUACGUUAAUCAUAUCAAAGAAUAAAAUUGUAAAUCCACUCGCAGAAGAUCCGUCAUGUCAACGAUCAAAGGAGAUAACGAUAAAGAUGAGAAUUUUAAGAGACAGGGUUCAUUUAGAAAGCUUUUGCCAACGAACGUCAACGGGGACUCCCAAUUGAGCAUGUCAGUAAAAAUGAUCGAUAGGCCGAAUAUCUCUCAAACCAGCAAAGAUUAUGCAGUUUUCUUACAGGAGUAUAAUAUUCUUUCGGAAUACAACAUACUGCGAAUCCAAGAUUUAAAAGGAAUUUAUGUCAUACCAUCGGCACAGAAUUCUUUUGUUUGGUUUGGAGUUCAAUUCAUUCGACAAGGGAUUUAUCAAGGUGGAGUCUUUAGAUUUACUAUCACGUUGCCUGAAAACUUUCCAGACGGUGGAUGUCCCAAAGUUGUAUUUCAAACCAAUGUCUUCCAUCCGCUUAUAAGUCCAGAAACAGGAGAAUUAUGUACAACUUGGGCUUUCGUCGAAUGGAAAAGAAAUAAUAGGGUAUGGCAAUUGAUACAGUACAUAACAAAAAUACUUACUAAAGUAGAUACAAGAAUGACGCCUAUAAAUCAAGAAGCAUCCAUUUUAUUGCAAAACAAUUUUGAUCAGUUUCGAGAACGAGCCAAAGAAUGCGUGAGGGAAAGUUUGAAUCAGGUAUAUAAUCCACCGGCAUUCGAGGAUCCGCAUUAUAUCACGUUCACUCCGUACAUACCAGAAUUGCAUGAUCCCGUUAAGCAAGAAAUAUACGAAAGAAAGGGAGUAGAAGAGAAUCGAGCGUUAGGACUUUCGUGGGUUCAACCUGGUUCCCUUCAGCCAUUCUCAAAGCCAGAAUCCAGAUAAUGAGGAGUUUCAUUAUUUAUCAUAGCAAUGAUUUAUACCAUUACGAAUUUAACUACAUAAGCACAAGCCUUGCUCUCUCUCUCUCUCUCUCUCUCUCUCUCUCUCUCUCUCUCUCUCUCUCUCUCUCUCUCUCUCUCUCUCUCUCGAUGACUAAUAUAAUGAACAGACUGUUAAUUGAAAUUAUAUUUUUGUAUAAACAGAGUAGAGAUAUAUUUGAAAUCUAUGCCAUUUUGCGUCGAUGAAAUAAUUACCAAUGCGUUUGGUCGAUCUGAAAAUACGACCUAUUCAUACUUUUUUACUUUCUUUUUGUGAUAAUAUCGUAGGUCUUGUUGAAGAAGACUUUUACUUUUAUAAACGUAGGAUCAUGGACGAUGCUUUUCAAGGAACAGACAAGGAUAAUCAAUUAUAAUUAUUUGUAUAAUGAAGGAUAAUAAAAGGUGCUUUUUUUUUCUCCCUAA